UAAAAUAAAUAAUUGUCGGUGGAUUCAUGAAUUUUUGAUGAACUGCGAAGCUAAGCCAAGUAAGGUUGACACUUUUUUACACCAACUACUACUCUCUCUUCUCUCUCAAGCUUAUCUUUCCUCACCACUUGUUCUAUCUUCUUUUUUUGUUAUAUCCAAAAAACAUAAACAACCAACAAAGAAACUUUCAGUUAGAAGAACAAAAAGAUAAGAAGAUGAACAACGGUGGUGAACAAUACAGUUCUAUUGAGACACAGUACAUAAGAAGACAUCACAAACAUGAUCCUAGGGAUAAUCAGUGUUCUUCUGCACUUGUCAAACACAUAAAAGCCCCUGUUCAUCUUGUUUGGUCUUUGGUUAGAAGAUUUGAUCAGCCACAGAAAUAUAAACCAUUUGUUAGCAGGUGUAUUAUGCAAGGAGACCUUGGCAUUGGAAGUGUUAGAGAAGUGAAUGUUAAAUCUGGUCUUCCAGCUACAACAAGUACUGAGAGGUUGGAACAACUUGAUGAUGAGGAACACAUUCUUGGUAUUAGGAUUGUUGGAGGUGACCAUAGGCUGAGGAACUAUUCGUCCAUAAUCACCGUCCAUCCGGAAGUCAUUGACGGACGACCAGGUACAAUGGUGAUUGAAUCGUUUGUUGUAGACGUGCCUGAAGGGAACACAAGGGACGAAACUUGUUACUUUGUCGAGGCUUUGAUCAGGUGUAACCUAAGUUCUUUAGCUGAUGUCUCGGAGAGGAUGGCCGUGCAGGGUCGAACCGAUCCUAUCAAUAUCAAUCCAUAAGAAUGUAUAAAGGGAUAAAGAAGUUGAGUUCAUCAUACAAAUUUAUAUAUGAUCCUUUGCUUUCUGAUCCCAAUCCAAGUGUGGAAAAUGGCUGGAAUAUGAAUAUGAAAAUGAAUAUUCCUUACCUGUGUUCCUCAAAAGUUUUGGAUGUUUAUUUUCUUCCUCUUAUCAUGGACACAUUCCCUAACCAUAUCCGUCCAACUUUUGUAGCUGGUGUAUGUUUGGAUUGACAAUGAGUUUGUCGAAAUCACAACAUGUCAUAGUGAUUUUGCCAAAAGCUAUACAUUAAAGCUUUAAUGAAAUCGCAGUACCACUGUGAUUUCGUCAAACUUACCGUGAUUCCAAACAUGCAAUAAGUUUCUCUAUACAGUUUUUGUAAGAUGAGAAUCUAGUGGAAUUGGGAGUGGGAAAGUUGUUUUUUCUUUCUUGUUAAAAUUCUUCUUGGAUUUUGUGGAUGGUGGUGUUUUAUUAAAGUUAUUUGUAAAUACUUUUGUUGGAAAAAAAGACAAUUUGUGGAGUCUUUUUA